AUGCGUCCCGUUACCUUCGCGGUCCACGACUCUCACGAGAAGAAAUAUAGUAUCAGUGUGGUUAAAAUAUGGAAAAGGCUCGAUAGUGGAACUCACACUCAUUGGACUGACCUAAGGGCAUGUGAGGUGAGGAAGGUUCAUAUAACCAUCAAACACUUACUGGUUCGCUGUAGUGUAAGAAGGUGUAAGAAAGUGUGUGGAAAGAGUGGUAAGCGAGACGUAAGCGUGGAUUCAGUGGUUGCAAUGACUUCCUGCGCAAUGAUGAAGAUGACUGGAUUCCUGCUAGGGGCAUCUUUUGGCCUUAGCAUGGCCUACCACAUUUCUUCAUAUACUGUUACUGCAGAUGGUCCAAAGAUGAUGUAUGAUUUCCGUACCAUGCAAUCUUUGGACAACUGGAAAGAAUCUUCAGACACUGUCAGGGAACCAGGAAUGUCAAAAGCUGUUUUUACUUUGCAGAAAUCAAAGUUAUUUCAGCGAGCUGUGUUUUUCUCCAUGCUCAAUCCUCAGCCGAAUGGAGCUGGCUUUGCAGGGACUUACACAAAUGAUGGGUGGAAUUUAAGCAAUCAUUCAGCUCUUGAAAUGAAAGUUCGUGGUCAAGGAGAUAACUACAUCUACAAAGUGAACUUCCAACAUAAAGGACAAGAACCCAGUGUAUACCCUUCUUAUGAAAUUUUCUUCACAGCUCCAGAGAACAAGUGGACCAUUAUCUCUCUGCCGUUUAGUGAGUUUAAGCCAUACUACCGUGGGGCUCUUGUUCCUGACGCAGAACCUCUUGACACAUCGGAUAUAACGAGAACUACCAUUCAGAUUCCUGGUGGCGUUUAUAGCGACUUUAAACAAAGAGGAACAAGCUCACUGGAGAUUGAUUAUAUUCAGGCUGUUUGAAAAUGCUGAGUUGACAAUUGAUUAUCCAUAAGUUAUGAGAGAUAAUUUAUUGUUUAGAGGAAGUGAUAGAUUUUUUUUUUUUUUAUGAAAAUGAAAGUUCAGGCUUUGAUGUUAUCUUAUUAUUUUUCCUAACAUUUUUAUGUACAAAUGAUAGUGUAAAGGGUGAACUAAUUUCUCUUGUGUUGUUAUAGCAAAAUUAAUACUGUACAUGUUUUUGGUUGUGAAAAUUACUCUUAUACUGGAUUACUAUACAAAGAAUUUAAUAUUCCCCCUAUGUAACUAAUGCUCAUCUGUUUAUUAUGAUAAUAAUAGUAAUAAUAAUGAUAAUGAUACAGAUAAUAAGGUGAUUCAAACCUCUGAAAAACAGCAAGUCAUAUCUGUGUAUGAUUUCCCCCAGGUAUGUAAUUAUUACUGAAGGUUGAUAUAUGUGUACAUGUAGGAGAUGAAAGCUGAAUAAAUAUUUCUAAAGA